AUGAUGCGCCCGCGCCCCUCGGUCUGUAGCCGCUGCCUAUCCCGCCGUAGGCUAUUCUCUACUACAGCACAACGUACCGAACAGAGCCAGAAUGCCCCCUUCCCGCCGACCGCAGGGUAUAGCCGACUCACAAACCGCGGACUGAUCUCCAUCACCGGCCUCGACAGCACGACGUUUCUCCAGGGCCUGAUAACCCAGAACAUGCUAGUCGCCAACGACCCGAACCGAAGCAUUCGACACACAGGCGCAUACACCGCAUUCCUCAAUUCGCAAGGCCGAGUUCUGAACGAUGCCUUCAUUUACCCGCUCCCCGGCGCCGAGGCCCAGGGUACCGAGUCAGGCUGGCUAGUGGAGGUAGACAAGAACCAGGUCCCCAUCCUGCUGAAACACCUCAAGAAACACAAGCUGCGCGCGAAGCUCAAGCUCCGCGCUUUGGAGGAAGGGGAGCGCACGAUCUGGUCCUCCUGGAAGAACCACGCCGAGCCGCAACGGUGGGCUGCAUACAGUCUGGAGUCGGAAUCGCCGUCGCCCUUCUCACUCACCUCCGAAAUUGCUGGGUGCAUUGACACGCGUGCUCCGGGCUUCGGAUCCCGCAUUAUCACGCCUGGCUCGGACGGUCUGCGCACCUAUUUCCCGGAUGAGGCGCAGGUCGCCGGGCCCGAGGUCCAGCUGGACUCGUACACCGUCCGUCGCAUUCUGCACGGUGUUGCGGAGGGCCAGGCGGAGGUUAUUAGUGGAUCGGCUUUGCCUUUGCAGUGCAAUAUGGAUAUGGCUCAUGGUAUCGAUUUCCGCAAGGGCUGUUAUGUUGGCCAGGAAUUGACGAUUCGCACUCAUCACCGUGGCGUUACGCGGAAGCGUCUUUUGCCAGUUCAGCUUUAUGAUUUGGGUCAGGAUGGUCAAAGUGCCCCGGAUACCCUCACAUAUGAUCCAUCUUUUCAAUUGUCUUUGCCUUCUGGUGAAGCGGAUAUUGUUAAGGCUGGUGUCACUACUCGUCGAAACCGCAGUGCGGGAACGUUCCUUAAUGGUAUUGGCAAUAUUGGACUUGCGCUGUGCCGUCUUGAAGUUAUGACCGAUGUUGCGCUCAUGGGUGAGGCUCCUGCUCGUCCUCAUGAACACCACUUUAAGCUAUCCUGGGCCCCGGAAGUCGAACAGCCUAGCGAGGUUGGAGUACGUGCUUUCGUUCCGCCUUGGCUGAGAGAUUUCAUAUCCGGUGGCAAAGAGGAGAAACCCGCUCCCCGUGAUCCUGACGCAGAGGGCGAACGGGCACGGGCAUUUGUCGAGCAAUUAGAGACAGAAGAAGCCGAAGCCGAAGCGCACCGAGACUAA